AUGGCGCUUCUUACCAAUUCACCAGCUGUAGAAGCAGUUGGUGUGCUCCUUAUCCUGUAUCUUCUGGGGAAAGCAACAUAUAACUUGUUCUUCCACCCACUUCGAAAAUUCCCAGGGCCUAAAUAUUUAGCACUUUCUCGCAUUCCAGUGACUUGGGCAACGCUCAGCGGCCAGCGUGCACAGUUUCGAUUUAACUUGCACCGAAAAUACGGCGAUGUCGUCCGUAUUGCAAAUGACGAGCUCAGUUUUGCCCAUGGCCAAGGCUGGAAAGAGAUCUAUGGCACCAGCGCAAAUGUCAGGGGCACUCGAGCUAUACGUGGUGUGGAAGAGGAGGGCGGUGCUCGCUCUGUCGUAACUGCAAAUGGCGAUGACCAUACACGACAGAAGAGAAUAAUAACUCUUGCCUUCUCUGAAAAGAAUCUGAAAGAAAAUGAAGCAACGUUCGUUAAAUAUACAGACUUGCUUGUGCAGCGCAUGGAAGAAUCCAAAGGUGAGCCCAUGGAUAUGUCAGAUUGGUAUAAUUUCGUGACAUUCGACAUCAUUGGAGAACUCCUGUUUGGUGAAUGUCUAGGCUUGUUAACGCACUCCAAAUAUAUCCCUUGGGUUAAAUCGGUUUCACAAUUUCUAAAGUCAUUUGCGUUUAUCGUGGUGCUAAACGAGUAUCUGCUUUUCCGCCUCGUUUGGAACCUCAUGCCACAAACAGUUUUGAGUAACCUGCGACGAACCUUUCUCACUUAUACAUCGGAGAAACUAGAAAGAUACCUUAAUCGAAAGGAGACUGAAAAGGGCAGCAAGGGUAUUAUUGGAGAUUUGCUUGACGGAGGGAGCCACCAUGGGAUUACGAUGCGUGAGCUUCAUUCAAAUGCACCAAUCCUUGUCUUCGGAGGGAGCGAAACCGCCGCUACACAGCUUCGCUGUUUAACAUUCCUUUUGUUUAAGAACCCACCACGUAUGGAGAAGUUGGUCAAAGAGAUUCGCACAAAGUUCUCGUCUUCUGAUCAAAUCACAUAUGAUGCUUUACUGGGAUUGAAGUAUCUCACGGCUUGUUCGGAAGAAUCUCUCCGCAUGUAUACUCCGUGCACAAAUGGAUUACCACGUGUUGUGGAAGAAGGGGGAGCGAUGAUUUGUGGUGAGAUGGUUCCUCCUGGAACUAUUGUAUCAGUGGCCGCAUUUUCGCUCUUUCGUUCCCCUAAUUACUUCCAUCUGCCUGAUUCCUUUGUCCCAGAGCGCUGGCUUCCAGAUGCUAAAGGGUUAGAUUCGCGGUUUACAAAGGAUGACAAGAAUGCCUGCCAACCGUUCCAUUACGGUGCACAUAACUGUCCUGGUAAAAAAAUGGGUUAUUAUGAGGUCCGGCUGGUAUGUGCUAAAGUGCUUUGGCAUUUUGAUCUUGAACUUGUCCCAAAGGAUGGCGGCGCGCUUGAUAACUGGGACCAUAUUGAAAAUUACCAAACCUACACUAAACUACCGCUGUGGGUCAAGGCGACUCCAUUAGCUGAAGGUAUUGCAAACAAACCUCUCUGA